UUGGCCUUCUUUUUAGGACACAAGCCUGCACGAAAAUCAAAUCCUCGAAGAAGUGUCACCUGAAUCAACAUCUGGAUUUGUAUUUUUGCAAGUUAUUAUAAUUCUAAAUAACAUUCGACGACACAGAAUCUUCAAGCAUAGGAGUGGGUUAAAAAAUGGAGAGCCCUCCAGGUGCUGUGAUUGAAGUGUCCACAGAAUGCAAAGGUGUUGCUCGGCGAGAUGAGAGCCGAGACUUUGAUGAUCCAUUUUCCACUUGCAGUGCCUCUUUCGAGGGAUCGGUUGCUGCGUCGCCUUCCAUCGAAAGUUUCUCGACACUGCAAGACCAAGAUGAUGUUGCUGAUCUUCAGUAUGAUGGAAGAGAGUUGCAGAUUCGAGUAGAUAAUCCCCAAAAGCUCCUCAGCACACUUGAAACUUAUAUAACAUUUAGAGUUACUACGAAGACGUCACGGUCAGAUUUUGAAGAGACUGAGUAUGUUGUCCGCAGAAGAUUUAAUGACUUUCUGUGGCUUCGUGAGAAGCUUGUUCAAAAUCAUCCUAACAAUCUUAUUCCGCCACUGCCAGAGAAACACACUCUCAUGGGUCAGCUGGACAGAUAUUCCAAAGAGUUUAUUCUUCACCGCAUGGCUAUGCUCCACAAGUUCAUGAAUCGAUUGGCUGAUCACCCAUUCCUCAGCUUUGAUGCAAACUUUAAAGGUUUUAUCACUGCAAAACCCUCAGACUUUACAGUUUUGAGGAAGAGCAAACAAGGUCUGAUAAGCAGAUGGACUGAUUCUAUUCAAAACAUAUCCGGGAUCUAUCUCGCAAAAGGACGACCUCAUGAUUUUGAUCUGAUGCUGAAUUACUCGCAGAGCCUCACUGAUAAACUAACAAGCAUUGAGAAGAUAAGUCACCGAAUCAACAAGGAACAACAAGAACAUUUGGGUGAACUGCAGCAGCUGCACCCGGUUUUUAACCUCUGGUCAUCAGUGGAGCCUGAGCUUGGGAAUCUCCUGGCCACAAUAGGCCAGGCAUUUGAGUCAAUAUCCACAGAGGAGCAAACCUUGGUCAAUGAGUUCCCUCACAUAACCAGUCAGCCCCUGAAAGAGUUUCUGCUUUACAUUGAUGCUGUGAAAGAGUCAUUAGAGAGGCGAGACGCCUCACAGAUUGAGUAUGAACUGGUUCUAGAGGAACUAGGAAAGAAGCGUGCUGAAAAAGAGCAGCUCCAGAGCGAACUUGGUCAAAAUCAGGAGACCAAUAGUCAGAGUUACGCAUUUUGGAAAAGUCCAGAAAACAAGGAAGAGCGGUUGCAAAAGUUGAGUGCAAGCAUUGGAGAUCUUAUUAAGCUAGCCGAGGAGAAGCAAGAUCAAACUGAGUGUGCCAAUGAGACUCUUCGAUCGGAUUUUGAAAGGUGGCACUUGGAAAAAAGAAGAGACCUGAAGCAGCUCUUCUUGAGUAUGGCUGAUGCACAAAUAAAAUUCCAUGAGAAGUCCCUUGCGGCCUGGGAGCAAGUCCUUCAAGACGUCAAUAAAGAAGGUCGUCAGCAGACAAACUGAUGAAAAAGCAGACUGAUACCCUGCCUUGUUAAAACUGAUUCCCAUAAUGUGAUCUCUGUUAAUUUGUGCUUACAAUUUUAGUACAGCAUUUGAGUUACAUGUCUAAAUAUUCAAAAUAAUAUGAAGCACACACACACCAUGCUCCAAUAAUAAUUAUAUAUAAAAUUGUAUAUUAAAUAAUUAAAAUGUUUCGAGUAAAUUAUUGUAUCGUGUUAAUAUAAUAAUUGAAGAAUAAUUAAUGUUGUUGCCUCUGGGUAAUUUGAUUGAUUGAAAAUAUACUGCGUAGAGCAA